GCGAAAAUUGGACAAAAUGGAUUCAGCCUUAAUCCAACGUUUCAAAUUUGGGUCCCGAGUACAACAACCUGGUGAAACAGCCAGUGAUUUUCUUUUUUCGCUUAAACUCCAAGCUGAGUAUUGUAAUUUCAAAGGUGAUAAACAGGAUCGUAUACUUGAUCGCGUACUCAUUGGCUUGUCGGAUGACGCUUUGAGACAAAAGUUGUUAGCGGAAGAUGGGGACAAAUUGAAUCUAGCUCAAGUUGAGAAGAUUAUAUCGACAUGGGAGUUAGCUGCUUCUAAUGCAAAAACAUUAACACAUGAUCAUUCUUUUGAACAAAUCGCUUCUAUUGUUGGAAGCCGAGAUAUUUUUUUGCAACGCAUGGCAGAUUCAGUUCAUGGUUGUGGCCCAAUGAAGCGCCGUUUAGGCUACAGAUAUUCCUCAGCGGUUGGGGAGCGCAAUGCAAAGCCAUACUAUAGACACAACAAUCGGGUCGAUAAUUGUUCACAGUUCAAACAAGUGAGGUCUCAUCAGGAUCAGCAUCGCAGACAUCAGGAUGCUCUGGUUCGCCCAGGGGAACUGAAGAAUGAGAGCCGAAUCGUUAUCGACCGAAGAGUGUGCGACUAUUGCGGAGUGCCAGGACAUAUUAGAAGGAGGUGCCUGAAGCUGAACCAAUUCAAGAGGAGUCCAAUCAACAACAUCAACUUGAAAGAAAACAGUACAAAUACGGACGAUAAUUUGUCGAGUGAGAUAAAUUGUUGGGAAGACAAGACUGAUGACUCAGACCAAGACUACAGCUACGGCGCGCAGAAGUCAAAUAAAGAUCGUGCAUGAUGAGGACGGCCGGGUUCGACGAAAGAUGGUGGUACAUGUCGAUCAUGAUGUCGAUGAUGCCGAUCCAUUACCACCACCAUGUAGUACGAUUGGCGAGGACUCUUUCUGGGGAAUCCCGGAGAGCGAUUUGCUAAGACGAAGAAACGACGAACUUCUGCCGGUGCAGCCGAAUCGAAAACGAAUGAUUACUAAUUUGGCGCUCGAUGGCCUGCCAAUGCGUUCGAAGAAAACGCGAUGCAACAAUCUGAAAAGUAAAUUCAAAUAUUUUCAAAGAUCGAAGUUAAGUUUGUUAAUAUUGCUGUUAAUGUUUAAUUCAUGUCUUGUCAAUUAUAAAAGAUAAUCGAACAUCUAUAAAAAGGGAAGGAUUAUUAUGUACCUUAAAAUGAGUUACCUCAGUUUAAUGUGUAACCAUUAUAAACAAUAUUUAUAUCAAACGCUUGACGUAUGUCAAGCGUCAUCGAAUAAAUGAACCGGCGUUUGUCGGCCUCUUUCAACACGAA